AUGACUUAUACCUAUCUUCUCCUGGUUGUUUUCCUUCUUCCUGAAGCAAACGGCCUUGCUGCAAAGAGAGGCAUUGCGUACAACAACAAUAACCCUUCCGGAAACGCCGUGUAUGCCAACCUUUUUAAGGGACACACGAAGGUGUCAUGGGCCUAUGACUGGGGAUAUCCAUCCUGGAACCUGGACUCAUCAUUCGAAUUUGUUCCUAUGUUGUGGGGACUGCCCAGCGGUGCCGAUCCAGACUGGACGGCUGCUGUGCAAACUCCUGGAACAGUUAACAUCCUUGGAUUCAACGAGCCUGAUUUGACUUAUGAUGCUUCAUCCAAUAUCAUUCCCGAGAAGGCCGCUGCUGGGUAUCUCACGUACAUGCAGCCCUUUGCCGGAACCGUGCGAAUUGGAUCUCCCAGUGUGCUGUGGAAUAAUGUUGGCUCAUCGUCUGGCGGCUCUUAUAAUACCGCUACAUGGACUGACUACUUCUUGGGAAAUUGCACCGGUUGUCACUUGGACUUUGCAGCUAUUCAUUAUUACCAGGAUUGUGUUACUCCCGAUGGUCAGAACGGUGCUGUCUGGUUCGAAGGUAAUGUGACAAACGCGCAUGACGUUUUGGGUCUCCCGAUUUGGAUUACGGAGUUUGAGUGCUAUGGAAGCGAGGAGCAGCAGAUCGCGUUUUUGGAGCAGGCUCUUCCUUGGUUGGACUCGCAGGGCUACGUUGAGAGGUAUGCGUAUUUCGGUGCCUUCCCUCAAUAUCUCAUCAAUGCGGAUGGAACUGCACUGUCGGAUUUGGGGAGCACCUACGCAACUAUCUGA